AUGUUUGUAACUGCCAAAAAGACCUUGACUAUUGAGUCAACUAAACAGCCUAGUGGUGUGGCAUGUAGCAACGUUACUGGUCACAUUAUCCACCUUGAUCUCAACUCCUUGAAAUUGGGGAAUUCACCUUUUUGUAUUCCCUUGAGAGGUAAGAUCAACCCUGCAUUGCUUGAGUUGCAGCAAUUGAAUUACCUGGACCUAAGUUACAAUUAUUUCGGAUUGAGUCAAAUACCAAAAUUCUUUGGUUCCUUCAAGAAAUUAAGACACUUGAAACUUCAGUUUUCAGGCUUUUCUGGAGACUUUCCUUACGAACUUGGUAACCUUACCAACCUGCAGACUCUUGAACUUGCUAACUGGCGACUGAGUAUAAAGAACCUUGAAUGGCUUUCUCAUCUUUCUUUGUUAUCGUAUCUUGACUUGACUUAUGUUGACCUUUUUGAAACCAACUGGCAACUGCAAAUGACAAAGCUCCCUUUCCUCAAAGAAUUGCAUUUGUCGAGCUGUCAACUUUCCAAUACUUUGCCGGCCAAAGAUAUCUUCGCUAAUUCUUCCUUGCCCUCUCUUGAUUUCCUCGAUCUAUCCAUAAACGAUCUAACUUCGAAUUGCAUUUUUCCCUGGCUGUUUAACUUUACCAAAAGUGCUAUAAGCAUAGACCUCUCGUAUAAUCAAUUAGAGUGUCCUAUUCCUGAUGCCUUCGGGGAACUGAUUUUUCUUGAAAAGCUUAAUUUGUGUAGCAAUAAGCUACAUGGUGGAAUUCCCAAAUCUUUGGGGAAUGUAAGUCAUUUGAUCUUGCUAGAUUUACAUAAAAAUAAUUUAAAUGAGUCUAUUACCGAGUUAUUUUGCAAUUUAUCCGGAAAAGUAGAGAUGUCACUUGAGAGCCUGGAUCUCUGUGGGAUUCAAUUUUUUGGUGCCUUGCCAGAUCUCACCAAAUUUUCGUGCUUAAGGAAAGUGAUACUCUGCUGGAAUCAAUUGAAUGGAUUUCUCCCACAAAGUCUUGGGCAACCUUCGAGUCUUGAAGUUUUAGACUUGGGUUACAAUCAUAUUUCAGGAUCAUUGCCAGGCUUGAAAGUACAUUCGUCAUUGAUAGAACUGUAUCUCACCAGAAAUCAAUUGAAAAGGCUACCUGAAGGCAUUUGGCAACAUUCCAAGCUUGAAAUUUUCCUUGCCGCUUCAAAUUUGUUGGAAGGUACAAUCACUGAAGCCCAACUGUCAAAUCUUGCCAACUUAAAAUGCCUGGAUUUAUCCUUCAAUUAUCUGACUUUGAACUUGAGCUCUGACUGGGAUCCUCCUUUUCAAUUGAAUGAUAUAUUCCUUAGCCAUUGCAAUAUGGGUCCUCAUUUUCCAAAAUGGCUUCAAACUCAGAAUAGCUAUGUAAAUCUUGAUAUAUCUGUUGCUGGCAUAUCAAAUGUAGUACCUGAUUGGUUUUGGAAUAUGUCUUUCGGAAGAUAUUUAAAUUUCUCUCAUAACCAAAUGAGAGGCGAAAUUCCUGAAGUCUCCAAAGACUUAUUUCCUAAGAUUGUGGAUUUGAGUCAUAAUAAUUUUUCGAGUCCAAUACCGCUAUUUGUUUUUCAAUCAGAAAUUUUAAGCAUCUCCAAAAAUAUGUUUUCUGGAUCCAUCUCUUAUGUAUGCAAAAUUCCCAAUGACUUCUUCGCCUCCAUCCUUGAUCUCUCAGAUAACCAGUUAUCCAGAAAGCUUCCCAACUGCUGGAAGAGCUUAACAAAUUUAAUCAUUCUUAAUUUAGCAAAUAAUCAUUUUCGAGGUAAAAUUCCCAACACCAUUGGUGCCUUAUAUCAGCUUCAGACGUUGCACUUACGCAACAAUAAUAUCAUGGGCAAGUUGCCAUCUUCUUUGAAAAAUUGCACAGCCUUGAGAAUGAUUGAUUUGGGAGAAAACAAGCUCACAGGAGAUAUUCCAGCAUGGAUAGGGACUCAUCUAAUAAGAUUGUCAGGUCUUAGCCUUUGA